UUUGAAGUUUCAUAAAGAGCUGUAAGAGAGAAAAAAAGAGAGAAUUUUAGAUAUAAAGUAUAAUAAUGGAUCUAAAGACCAAGGAAAUGAAAAAGCUACUGGAAUAUAUACAACAGCAGAUAAGCAAGCUGCAUUCGUUGCUAAUCAAUGUUUCUGUUAAUUCAUCAGAAAUUGUGGUUACAAAAUCAACACUCGUUGAACAAUUGGAUUCUUUAAUUCAGAGAUUUAAGAAUUUAGCAAGUAACGAUAAUUGUGAUCAUGAAGAAGCAAAUGUGAAGCUUAUUGAUACAGUGACAAAUUCAAAACACACUUCUGCAUUAAAGGAUAUUGAUGAGAUUAUUAAAAAUAUUCAAAGCAAUGAUAUUGAUAAACAUACAACAGAUUUAUUACUCAAUAAUAUUACAUUAGUUUUACGAACAUUAGAAGAUUUAGAAUGUUUGCCAUUGAAGCAGAGGCUUCAAGAUUGUCUGGAUUAUGUUCUAGAAAUGAGUACAGCAAAUGAGAUUGAGGAUCUUCAAAAUAUAAAAGAACUUGGUACUUCAAUAUUAGAGGUAUUGGAACCAUUACAAAAAUACAGAAGAAGUUUAGUAUCUGCUUUCUUGUCAGAAAAGUUGACUCUUUAUUCUUCUCAACUGUGCACAUCAUUUGAGAUGCUAGUACAAUUGGCUCAGGAGCAGCAUCGAUUAAAUGCACCAAUUUAUGCUUGCAAAAAGUAUAUUUGUGGAAGAAUAUGUACUUGUUGUGAAAUGAUCUUAAACUUACUGAAUGAUUCAAACCCAUCACUAGAAGAGGAAGCUUUCAAAAAGGAGAAUCAUUUUGUCUAUAGAAUGGAUUUAGCAUUAGACAUUAUAUUAGAAAUGUCAAACAAAACACAUCAGGAGCAAUUAUCCGAAUGCACAGAACUAUGGUUGAGAUUGGAAGAUGUUUUUUCUCAUGCUAUGGCAAUUACUCAAGUGUGUCAGUUGUACAAUUUUAAAGCCAUAACGGGAACAUGUCAGUCUAUAGUAAUGGAAUAUGAAAAAUUAAAGCAGCAAUUACUAUCAGAAACACCAGAUUCAGCAUUAAAUAAUUUGUUUAUGCACACUUUGACCGAUGCUCUUUAUCGUUUAGAACGUAAAGUCAAUAUAGCAGUAUUAACGCUCGCAUUGGAGGUGUUUAGUAACCCUUAUGCAGCUUUGAAAAAGCUCGUUAUGACGUGUGGAAAUUCGUUAAGCGCGAAAACAAGAUCCAAGAAUGAUUUAAAAAAUCUUAUAGAAGACUUUGAUCAGCUUUUUGAUCAAACUAUGCAAAUUGGAAUAUUUGCUAUUGCUUGUUGCAAGGACGUAAAUCGUAAUAAUAAAAUUCGCAAUUGUCUCGCCGGAUUUGAAUCCUUGGAAACAGAAUUAAUUUCUGCCAUAACUUCCUUCUACUUACAUCCAGAUAAUAAAGAAAUGCGUUCUAGUGUCAAAUUAUUGACUACACAGUGGCAACGAGAGAUGAACAAGUUUCAAACUGCUGUAAACUUCAUUAUAAAUUCAGCUGCCUUCUGUGAAAUAGUUAUGGACAAUCUUCAAGAACGUAUAACGGCAAUCUCGAAUUGUUUAGAUAAUAGACAACCAGUAACACAACUUCAAGUGCAAGGCAUUGUUCAAUGUGCUUCGGCUUUAUCUAGCCAAGUGACAACAGUUAUAAAUGACAUUGGUACUGAAAACAUCGAUCGUCACACAAUAAUGAUGACAAGAGAAUUAAAAGCUGCUAUAUUUGAAGCCAAUAAAGCUGCCAAGACUCUUCUGAUUGAAAAUGCGACAGAGCCUCAGCAAUUGCGGGUGAUAAAACGGUGUGAAUUAAUAUUGAAUGUUGUUCAAAGAUUGCAACCUGCUCUAUCCAUGAUCAUGAACAGUAUAAUACAUGAAAAAUCUGUAAGAACCCAAGCAGAUUCCAGCCAUGGUGUAGUUUCAAAUACUAUUAAUUUUCCACUCACAAUUUAUGGUUUACCGCGCGAUGAAAAUAGUAUGGUUUACAUCAGAACACCCUACACAGUAAAAGCAUAUAAAUCGCAAGUGUCCAUUCAAUCGGCAAAUAGCGUAAUGCAAAAGCCAUCAGAUUUAUCAUGCUUGAUACCCUACAUAAAAAGCGGUCGCACUUUGCGCAACGAGCAUUCCAUCAUGUAUAACACACCACAUAAAAAUAAAAAUGCAACAGAGUCAGUUGUUAAAAACGACAUAUCCUUUAGGAAUCUUUCUAGUAUUAGACAACAUCUUUUUAGUAGAGAUAAUUUUAAAGUCAAUAUUAACAUUGAUAUAUCUGAAGAUAGUAUGGAUUUAACAGCUGUCUUAGAGAAAAUUAGUUUAUCUUCAUCGGAAUAUGCAACAUUUCCAUCUUGCAAAUCCUUAAAAGAACAGAAUGUAUCUUCUGAAGGUGCAAAUAAAGAAAUUGUACCUAAUGCAAUCGCAAAAAAGUUAUCUGGACCUACUAAACGAGAAAUGAAAAAUUGUGCAAAUAAAUCUGCAACAGAGAAGGUGGGUGAUUGUGCUAUAUCUGGUGGCGGUGAUGCAUCUUUGGUCAUGGAGACAUGUCAAAAGCUUAAUAGUGUUCAACUUUCCAAUAGUAAGAUUCAAACACCGACAUUAGAAAAACAUGAAAUAUAAAGGGAAGAUUGCUACUUUUUUAUGGAACAUUAAACAUUAGUACUGUAAUUUUUAUUAAUUAUAAAGAGCAUUUAAGAUUGCAAUUAUGAUAUAUAAUUUCUAUUAACGUGUAAGUAAAAAU